CAGCAGAGGUGUCAAGAAACGUUACCCAGCGAGUCCCACUUGAAUAUAAACUUAUAUUUAUUGAAGAAGGCUGUCUACAUCGUCGGUUGGGACACUUUGACGGUUGGUGAACGCGGUUAAACGUUAAAAAAUACAAAAAUAAAAGCCGCCAUGGCGUCGCCGCUGCAGAUGACAGAAAUGUACGACAACGCUCUGCUCGGCAUCCUGCAGCACGUUGGAAACAUUCAGGACUUUCUUCAGGUUUAUUUUGGGUUUUUGUACCGAAAGACGGACUUUUAUCGCCUGCUGUCGGGUCCAAACGAGAAGAUGGGGUUUCCUCCCGGUGUGGCGGAGAAGAUGGUGUCCAAGACGUUCAGGCUGUUCGAGAAGCUGGCGGAGAACGACCGAGAGAGGCAGCAGAGCGAGCUGCAGAAGAGGGAGCAGAGCCGAAAGGUUCCUCCGGCGGUUCCAGAGCUGGAGAUCGCCGCCGAGGAGACGAUCGUCACAGAGGAGGAGCGCUGUCACCAAGAUGCUCCUCCUCCUCCGACCUCCUCGGGAGCGACCGGCAGCGAUCAGCCCGACAGAGACUGUUCAGACCCGACGGCUGAUCAGAGAGACCAGGGAGACCAGGGAGCUGCAGCCGGAUCAGUGACUCAGGAGAAGUUUCAGGCGGACCCCGACAGCUACAACGGAGCCGUGAGAGAAAACUACAGCUGGUCUCAGGACUACACCGACCUGGAGGUCCGAGUGUUCGUGCCCAAGGCCGUCGUCAAAGGCCGACAGGUCAGAGUCGCUCUGCACACCGGCAGCAUGCAGGUGUGUGUGAGGGAAGGAGACGAGGAGAGGACGCUGAUGGAGGGAGAGUUCACCCACAAGAUCAACACGGAGAACUCUCUGUGGAGUCUGGAGCCAGGGAGCUGCGUGGUGCUGUCGCUCAGUAAGACCUCGGAGGUUUGGUGGAACGCGGUGCUGAAGGGAGAGAAGGAGAUCGAUAUAAACCAAAUAAACCGAGAGCGCUCGAUGGCGUCGGUGGACGAGGAGGAGCACGCCGUCCUGGACAGACUCUCCUUCGACUACCACCAGAAGCUGCAGGGAAAACCUCAGAGUCACGAGACGAAGGUGCACGACAUGCUGAAGAAGGGCUGGGACGCUGAAGGCUCUCCGUUCAGAGGGCAGCAGUUCGACCCGUCCAUGUUCGACAUCCCGCCCAGCGCCGUGCAGUUCUGAGGCUCGGGACGGGAAACAGUGAACUGAAUCCUCGUUCUGUUUGACGGAGCCGGUUGUUGUAAAAUCGACAUUUUACCUGCAGAACUGAAGCUGGGUUCACAGACGAGGACGCGUCAUCAUAUCAAAUGUUUAUUUGAUGUUUUGGCCGUUUGAAAUCCGAUAAAUCCGUGUACUUUAACUGUUCUGCUCUUUAUUUAAAACCUCUCCAGUGCCUAUAUGAGGGAUUCUGUUGUUAUUUUUCAGACCACUUCCCCCAAACCGUUACAGCAUUUACUCACGUUUCCAUCCAACUGUAGCGCGAAUGUUUAAAACAAGUUUGCAGAAGAACAUCCACGUGUCUUAUGGGAGAUUAGGAGUCGAUUCAUUGAGAUUAACAGCUGGUCGGUAAGAAGAUGCUGAAGCUGGAGAACAGUUUGUUGGCACCAUCUCCACCCAGACCUGAUGUUCUCAGCUCUACCGUCAUGCUGUGUGUAGAAGCUUCGUCUGCGAUGCAUCCGGUUUGUUUUCCUCUCCUUGCUCCUGGUUGGAUCAGACACUUCUAACCUGAAGACUUUGGCAAAUAUGAAUCUGUUUCUUGUCCCGCUCAUCUGUCUGGAGGUGUUUGCUGAUUCAUGCGAUGUUACAACAUGGAAAAGGAAAACUGGUUCAGUUCCUCACAACCAAACUACGAACUGUUGUUGAAUAAAAAGAUUGUUAAAUA